AUGUCUCUUCAGGUCAGCGACCCACGGUCGCGCGGCCGUUCCAAGUCUCCAGGCGGCCGUAUCCGUGAGCGGUCCAGAUCUCGCGACGACCGGGGAGUUUCGCCUGCCCCUGCGGACCCAAGAAGAAGCAGCAAGUACUUGGUGGCCGGCGACCCAUCGGAUGAAAAAAGCCGCGCAAGCUCGAGAACUCGAGGAGCUAGCCCUCUCCGCGGCUAUCGGACAAGUUCCCGCUAUGAGUCGGACUCGGAUCGCGAUCGAAGAGACUCCUAUGCGCGUUCUCGUCCCAGCCGCAGUGGUGAUGACCACUACUACCGCUCGGGCUCGGAAGAGGAUAGGGAACGGGAAAGGGCCGCGAAGCGAGAGAGCUCGAAGUAUACCGCUCCCGCUGCCACUACCACCACUCCCAGUUCCCGUCAGCCCCAGCAGAAGUCUGUGCGCUACGAUGCCUACUCGGAUGAUUCGUAUACAGAGUCGGACUCGGAUGACGACCAUCUCGUUUACGGGGAUGCGCCCGGAGAUUUAGAGCGCGGAUAUUAUGGGUAUAAGGGGAGUAGCUCGCAUACUACGGCGCCUCCUUCGCAGCCAGCCAUGAUGACGGGGGCGCUGAAACCGGAUACGAACCCCAGACGCAGUGCGGAGGGAGUCAGUGGGCACACCGGCUAUGGGAGGCCUGAUCAGUACCAGUAUCCAGCUAUUCCUAGACAGUCCAAUCCUGCUCUGUCCGGACCGGCUCCGUCUCAGCCAACCUGGGCGCCGGUUCCUGACUGCGAGAAGCCAGGGUUUGUCCCGGUGUCGCAGUCCAUGCCGGGGGCAUUCCCGGGCGCGACGCCCAGCCAGCCAGCUGCGUCGUUGCCGCAGUAUGUGAACCCCUCGUGGACUACCGCUCCGACUACGAAUUCAGUGCCUGCUCCAAGUCACCAGCGGAACCCCUCCGGGGACCCCAAGGCCCACCAGUCUUAUGCGCAGCCUCCUCCAUUUCAAUAUGCACAGGUUGACCCGAAGGUUAAAUACACUUCGAAGUCCUCGACGGCCGCAGCAGCCCCGUAUGGCUCGAAAUCCGGUGCGCAACCAAGUGACGGCCAGUAUGGUGGCAUUAGAUAUUCUGCAGCCCCUCAGUUCCCUACUGCAUCCACUCCCCAGAAGGACAGCACGCAAAAUUAUGUCGAACUUACGCCCGGAUCCCGCACUGCUGGUCGCCCCCACAGUCUCUCCGUCUCGUCGGCCCACAACCUCUCAGUCGCCGGUCCUGACCCUGAUCACCGCCCUGCGAGCCCAAUGCUUGAACCUUACAAGGGAACAUACCAGAGCAUGUCCCCGAUGCCGUCCCCGAUUCUCAUCGCACCUAGAUACGAUGAUGAUAUUUCGGAUCUCGAGCCGCUGGACAAUAGCACCGACAGCGAGCGACGGAGACGCAAGUCACGAAAGUCCAGAGAUGAGAAGGAACGCAAGGAGCCCAAGAGUGAUCAUUCAAAGCGGGGUAGCAGCCGCGUACGGCAUGAGCGACAUGAUUCCAGGGGCGGUGCGGAGUCUUUGGUUGUCAUUUCACCCCGGGAUAGUCGACGAAAAGUGACCUUCUACGAUGCCACGCCAGACGCCCUAGCACUGAAGGAAGCCCUUGGCCAUACUCGCAGCAUUGAUAACAAAACGCUGAUCCAACUCCUACCCCACUUGACAAGCGAUGAGAUUUUAGCCCUGCGGAAGGAGUACAAGAAUCAUGUGAAGAUCCAUGGCAAGGGCAUUAACCUAGCUAAGCAGAUCCGCGUUAAACUGGGCAACAGCUCCUUCGGAAAGGUCUGCUACGCUACCGCCCUUGGUCGCUGGGAAUCCGAGGCGUUCUGGGCUAACUGCUACUACCAAUCCGGCACCUCAAGACGCGAGCUCCUCAUCGAAUCGCUGUUCGGUCGUAGCAAUGGCGAGAUACGCGAGAUCAAGGAUUCGUUCAAAGACUCUCGGUACCUCGACAGCCUCGAUAAGUGCAUGAAGGCCGAACUCAAGGCAGACAAAUUCCGAACGGCGGUGCUCCUUGCCCUAGAGGAGACUCGACAGAGCGAACGCGAGCCGAUCGACCCGGAACUCGUCCAUCGGGACGUGCAGGCCCUGCAUGCAGCGCUUGUUUCUCGCAACGGCGGGGAAACCGCAAUGAUCUACAUUAUCGUUCGCCGCAGUGACGCGCAUCUGCGUGAAGUUCUCCGCGCUUACGAGAAGCAUUACGAACGAAACUUUGCGCGUGACAUGAUUCAGAAAUCCCAGAACCUUGUGGGUGAAACUCUCGCCCACAUCCUCAACGGCGCCAUCAAUCGCCCCAUGCGCGACGCCCUUCUUCUCCACCAAGCUCUCCGCGAAUCUCGCUCCGGUCGCGAACGAUCCGAGCUCCUGAUCUCCCGCCUGGUCCGGUUACAUUGGGAACCGAGACAUUUCGAAACCGUCAAGACCGAGUACCGCCGACGGUAUGGAGAGCGGCUGGAGGAGGCGAUUGCGGAGGAAAUCCUGCCUUUGGCUGGGGGCACUGAAUGGGGGGAGUUUUGCAUUCAGUUGGCGCAGAGUUCGAAGACGCUUGCUGGGAAGGUAUAA